GGUGACCUCCUUUUUGCUUGCCUCGCCGCGCUCGUCUUCCUGGAACAUAUACCGAUGUCGAAAGUUCGUUAGGCGUCCGCCAGGGGGACGCUUAGUCGACAGGAGGUCAUGGUGGUCGCUUUGGGCGGAGUGGCACCUGUGGUAAACUGUGAACUUGGAUAAAAAAAACGCGAACACCGUAAACUGAACUAAGAUGCCAUGAGCUUUGGCUAACAUGUCUAAUAAACGGUCAUCAGUCAUACUGCUGGAUAUGUUUGGAAGUCGAGGUCGAAAGAAGCCGUCCAAGGCGGGCGGCGGCCAGCCUUAUCCAACACAACCGAGGCCCACAUCUGAAAAUUACUCUGCUGAGCCUGCGGUAGAGGUGUAUGUGAACAGUCUCAACGAAGAGGAAGUGAACAGAGAGUUUGAACGAAUGCUGGAUGACAUGAACUUGACCGAUGAAAAACGGGAGCCACUAUUGAAUCGGACUCUUAUGGAGAAGCGGGAGAUGUUGUCAAUGCAUCUGAAGGGCACGGCUGCAGGCGGUAAAAGGAGUAGUAAAUAUGAGUCUGCUUUGGACUACGUUAACUUCCUUAGCAGCGAAGGCACAUCAGCUGACAAGCUCUUUCGUGGUAUUGAAUCCCUGCGCAUAGCCCUCACGAACAACCCUGUCAGUUGGCUGAAGGAUUUCCUACAGGAAGGCAUGGACAAACUGCUGAAGAUUCUUCAGAGGUGUAAACUGUAUCCCAGAGACAAUCGGUAUGAACGAAUUGAGCAUGAAGUAAUUCGCUGUGUUCGUGCACUUAUGAACAACACGCCGGGUCUGAAAUAUGUCUACGAGCACGAAACAGCACUCACCAUUGUGUCGGCCAGCAUGAAUGUCACUAAGCCCCACGUUAUGGUCGAUGUGGUGAAGCUGCUUGCGGCUGUUUCUAUAGUUCCACCUAACGGGCAUGAAAAAGUCCUGAAAGCGAUCACUGAAUGUGCUGAGAUGGAAGAGCGGGAAAGGUUUACUCCCAUUGUGGCCGGUCUGGCGUGCAGGGACAACGAUUCUCUUAGGGUAGCAUGUAUCCAGCUUAUUAAUGCCUUGGUUUCUGGGACAGAAGACUUCGAUUUUAGGUUGCAUCUUCGAAAUGAGUUCAUGCGCACUGGUCUGAUGGACAUUUAUGAGAAUCUUAUGAACGAAAUCAUCGAAAGCCCCGAGCUUUCCCUCCAGCUCAAUAUUUUCAAAGAGACAAAGGAUUUUGAUUUUGAGGAGCUUUCGCAGAGAUGUGAAAGCAUCACUCAAGAAUGGAAUGAUGUGACUGAAUGCUUUCAGCUGCUGAAGAGCUCAGUGGCUAAUACGCCGUGUGAAAUGUCCUUCCUGUCAAUACUGCAGCACUUGCUGUGUAUACGUGACGAUGUCAUCGUCAAGCCUGCAUACUUCAAGCUUAUUGAUGGUUGUAUAUCUCAAAUUGUACUGCACAAGAAUGGCUAUGACCCAGAUUUCAGGCGAUUUGCACGGUUCCCUGUGGACAUUGACACACUAAUGGAGCACAUCAUCCAGAGUUCGAGAAGUGAAGAACAAGAAAAUGUGGAGCAGUUGCAGAAAAAGCUGGAAGAAGCACUCACCCAGAAGCAGGAGUAUGAGGCUAGGCUGGCCAACUAUGAAGCUCGUCUUCGAGAUGGACAAGGCUUUCAGAGCCCCAACAGUGCCAAACUAAAUGUGCCCCCUGGGCUGCUGUCUGCCACGGGGGGUGGAGCACCUCCUCCCCCACCUCCUCCCCCUCCACCACUGCCAGGAGGUGGCGGCAUUCCUCCACCACCACCGCUCCCUCCCGGUUCUGGCAUUCCUCCACCUCCCCCCUUGCCGGGAAUGGGUGGACCCCCACCUCCCCCUCCCUUGCCAGGGAUGGGACCUCCCCCACCCCCGCCUUUACCCGGAAUGGGGGGACCUCCACCCCCUCCUCCACCACCGGGCCUGGGCGCCAUGUUGGGCCAGAUGCCCAACGGGGCACUUCCCAUGUCACCGCUCCAGCCCGAAGCGCUGCCGCAUGGCAUGAAGCCCAAGAAAAAGUACACUGUUGGAACCACUCUCAAAAGGGCCAACUGGAAGAAGGUCAUGCCCCAGAAGGUGUCGGAAAAGGCAUUCUGGGUCAAGGUACGGGAGGAUGAACUUGAAAGUGAAGACAUCUUUGAAGGCUUGGUUUCCAAGUUCUCGUCGGAGCCACCUGCAAAAAAGGACAAGACGGAAGAGAAAGUGAAUGUAAAAAAGACAAAAGAACUCAAGGUUCUUGACGGAAAAGCGGCACAAAAUCUGAUGAUACUGCAAGGCUCACUAAAGAUGUCAGCAGCCACGAUACGUGACUACAUCCUUGAAGUGAACGAGGAGCACCUGACGGAAGCCAUGUUGCAGCAGCUCAUCAAGUACUUGCCAGAGGCUGACCAGCUCAAGAAGCUGUGUGAGCUCAAAGACAACCUUAGCGAUUUGGCUGAAGCGGAGCAGUUCGCUAUCACGAUUGGGAGUAUCAAGAGGAUUCACUCGAGGCUUCAGUCUAUCAGCUUCAAGCUCCGAUUUGCAGAAAUGGUGCAGGACAUCAAGCCCGGUAUUGUGGCGGCCACUGAAGCCUGUGAGGAGAUCAAGUCAAGCCAGAAAUUUGCAAAAGUUUUGCAGCUUGUCCUACUGCUUGGAAAUUAUAUGAACACUGGUUCCAGAAACGCACAAGCCAUCGGCUUUGACAUCAGCUUCUUGCCCAAGCUUUCAGGAACAAAAUCGCAUGACCAGAAGUCAACCUUGCUCCACUUCCUGGCGGAGACGAUAGAGAAGAAGUUUCCAGACAUUUUAUCCUUUGGUGAUGAGCUCAGCUAUACAGAGAAAGCAGCACGGGUUUCUCCGGAACAACUGGAGAAAAACCUUGGGCAGAUGAAGAAGUGUGUUGCCCAGUUGGGCACUGACCUCAAGACAUUCAAGUCCCAGGGUCCCAAUGACCGGUUUGCUGAAGUCCUGAGCGGCUUUUAUGACCAGGCCUCGCAGGAGCAUGAGCUGCUGUCGGGCAUGUUUGCGAAGAUGAAGAAGCUGUAUGAGGACUUGGCAGAGUUCUACGUCUUUGAGUCCAAAAAAUACACGCUAGAUGAAUUCUUCACCGACGUCAAAUCCUUCAAAGAGCAAUUCUCGGCGGCGCAUGCGGAGAACGUCCGGGUGCGAGAGCUGGAAGAGAAGCGGCAGCGUGACAAGGAGGCACGUGAAAAGGCUGACAAAGAAAAGCAGGAGAGGAUGGCCAAGAAGAAGCAGUUGGUCGACAUCAGCUCUGGUCAAGAUCAAGAAGGUGUGAUGGACAGCCUCUUAGAAGCACUAAAAACGGGCUCUGCCUUUUCACAUAAGCAGAGACGACGACCACCCAGGGGUGCGAAUGCGUCGAACAAAGGCCAGCUGACGAGGAGCCGUUCCCGAGGUGGAGCGGCCGUGUUUGGGGACACCAACUAUCUUGAAUGCCGGACAAUAGCGCAGCAGAGCUGACACCAACUGCUUUGCUCCUGACUUCUGGUGGCCAUCUUUAAGAGUUGUUUUUACCCGUGUUUUCUGUUUCAUAUGACUUUACAUGACGUGAAUGCGCUGACGGCAAAGGUUCCCCAGGAAGCUGCUACUUGUGCCUGGAGUGACGCACAAUGCAAUCGGCUCUGCAGGGGAUAACAUUCUUUACUUGCCUCUCUUUUUGCAUUGCUAGUGUUGUACUUUUUUCUUCUUCAGUUGUGUAAGAAACAUUUCUUUUGUUGCUUCAUGCUGAUAGAUUUAUGUUUAAAAUUCGAGAACAAAAAAAAAAAGAAAAGCAGAAACCCUGAAAGUACUCACUCUUUUUUUUUUCUGAUUUACAAGAUGUGUCAUGUUGGAAUAUGCUUUGUAAUAGAGUACAGUAUCAUGAGUCUAAUCAUUUACAUUAUUUUUCAUCCAGUAUAGGUUCAGAAGAAUAUAAUUAAGUUUUAUCACAAGAGUUUAUGAGUUUGCAUUCAUAGCUGGCAUUACUGAUAUUAUAUAGAGCUUGGAAAAGAAGGCCUGCUCACUAAUCCUAUUUGGUAAGUUAUUCUACUAUAGAUGGUGAGGUCUGCUCUUGCGGUGAACAUUCUAAGAUAGCCAACAGAGAUUUAGCAGUGCUGGUUUGUGCAUGUUGUCGGGAGAACAAAAUGAGGGCGAUGUCAAGCAUAUUGAGCUCAUGGAGAAAAAUCACAAUGGGAGUUUGUGAAUCUAUCACUGAAUGGGCACUAAAAUAUGCCUAACAGAAAUACAAAGAUGCAGAUAUUGUAGGAGAAAGACGUGUUAACAUUGACUUAGUGUCUUGUUCAUAAUGAUUAACUUUGGGGGCAUUUUCUAUCGUCGGGAGGGCACAAUUACUUUUUAAGAAAGUAGGGGCCUGAACUCGUUUGAAAUAUGGCCAUUUCUCUGUCAUAAGAGCUUUCUACAUAGUUUUACCAACCCGGCAUUAGAUUUCCAUGGUAGCCACAUCUAUUACUGGUGGCUAGUGCCAUGUUCUGCAGUUUGCUAUCAAACUCAAGAUAACAAACUCAAGAUAAUAGAACAAAAAAGAGGAGUAAAAUAGAGUGGUGCUCCUUACCACCUGCAUCGUUGCUUUGUGAAAUUACCGUCGAUCUCGUGGUACCGCAGUAAAAUUAAGCUAAUGUUUUCUUCAGCAUGAUAAGCUGUAUGCAAUAUUGCACAAGUAAGGCCAAAUCAUCAUUAUGAAAGCUAAGCGUUAAUGUCCUGCAACUCCCAUUAUUGCAGUCUCAUUGCAUUUUCAGGCUACUAAUUUGUUAACUGGAAUGCGUAACCCCAGCUGCGCUCUCUGGAAUGUCAAUCCCCAGGCACAGGCUACAUCGCAAGAAGACAGCAACAAAUUUUCUCCUGCUAUGAGGCUAUUAAUAUUUGUUCACUUCAUGAUCUUCUGGAUUUUUCCAUUAGGCUCUGAGCACUAAAAAGAUUUAAAAGCCUAAAAACCAUGCAAAGAGGGUGGCCUUGGGAAGGAAUUGUGUCCCGUGCAGGCUAUAUCCUGCGAGGUGUUGGUGCCAUCUGCUUUUAUAAAGCUACUGCCUUUCACUUUUGUAAACAAGGAUGCAUUGGUUUGUUUGCAUUAGCAUGAGCCAUUCUUAUUCUCUGUCAUGGCUAUGUGUGUGACAUUGCUGCAUUGUCGUAUAAUGCUAGCUUUGGUUCACUUUAGCGCUCAGAAGCAUCCAAACAUUGGGUGAGUUAGUACAUAUUAAUGGUUGGAAUGUUGAAAGCAGCUCUAAAGAAACAGGCAAAGAGGCAGAGACAUGGACAGCACUUGUUUUGAAAGCAGUGCUUGUCUUGCCUAUUUCUCUGCCCCUCUGUCUAAAUUUUUUUAAUGCUGCUUUCAACCUUUCAACCAUGCUAACUUUGGUAUUGAGUUGUGAUAUGAAAAUGGCCUCCUUUCUGUAAAAGGUCAUUUUUAAACACAGAUUGGUCCUACUAAUGAGUAAAAAAUUUGCAGUUGUGGUUCGCUUGCCUUUUUAUUCAUGUCCAUGCUGUGGAAUUCACCCAGCUUUUUGGCAGUGAAGUUAAGUUGGUGCAUGGUAGAUUUCUUUUAUGCUACUACCAUGGCUUGCUAGUUGGCUGUACUAUGGCUAUAUAACAGCUGAAAAUACUUUUGUAAAAUGUAUUACUUCCGGUUUUUCUUGAUGUGGUCUGAGAUGUAUGUUGAGAAAUUUGCAGUUGUUUAAAAAAUUGUUUGUCUUGCUGCUCAUAAACUUCAUCUAUGUCAUGUGGGUGUAAAUGAUUGCUGUAACAAGAGUGUAAGAUUGCCUAUGCAAGUUAGAGGCUUGUACAUAGAAUAUUAUGUAAAUUUAUGCUAGGUGCACGGUUGUGGUGUGAGAGUGCCUUACUCUGACAUAGAAGUGACUACUCGCAAUGAAGGUUCUCUUCAUGUAACAUAGAGCAAGUUGUGGAUAAUAAUGUUUAUAAGAUUUAGCGCAGUUUAUACGCUGCCGUGGGACCAUGCUUACAGGCAAGUCAUUGACAAGACCUUGCCAGAUGCUGUGAUCCUGAAUGCAUGUGCUGUGGUGUACAGAUGAAACAGUUUGCAUGAACAUGUAAAGACAUGCGAAGGCUCCAGUUUGCCCAACCCAUUUCAGAUUAUUGUUUUUACUGGGAAUGUUGUUACUUGCAAACUGAAAUGUGCACCAUGCUCAAAGAAAGUUUAGUUGUGAUAUACAAGAUAUUUUUUAUAGGUGAUCACAAAUGUUACGACCUUCAGAAAGAUGUGUCCUGCAUCAUAUUCAUGUAUAUGGCAGAUUGUCUACACCCAAUCCACGCUGCACCAAGUUGUUGAGCUAUGACCCGUUGCAUAGCAGCGUCCAGUAUGUCAAAGUUCACUUCGUUGCUUUUAAUUUGUUAUCAUGCUAAUGCACAGAGUACAAGGCACAAGCCCUUAGACUCCUUCACAAGUUUAGUCUGAGCAUCACCUUACUUCAGCAAUGGUGGGCGACAAGUUUGAUUUUUUUCAUUGCUCUUAUCUCACCAUGUGCAUGCUCCAUUUUCAUCUGGUGUGCUGACAUCUUACUGGAUGUUGCAUAGUGCAUCCACUCACUGCAUUUCGUGUACAACUGCUGUCCACUUGGUAAGGCCACAGUGGACCCUUCUGUUUCAUUGCUACUAGAGCUUUACAAGCGCAAGUGAAAGCCUUGUUUUACUGAAGGGUGGCAUCAGAUGCUGCAUUUUCUGCAACAUAUGUACUUUGAAGGGGGACAUUGCUCAAUGCUGGCAUAUGCUGUGUCCAUCAUGGUAGAGAGCUUAGAUUCAUUUAAGUGCCAGGACCAUGCCGGUACAAAUAAAAUGAAUCUGUUGUUUUUAUCAAGUG